CUCAAACUUGAAUAGUGUGUGCAUGGAGCAAUUCUGAUUAGAGGCAGAGGCAGGAAGCAAAUCCAGAUGUUUCCCACAACAGUCUUCAUUUCAGCGGCUUUGAUUUCCACUGCUCUGGCGGGACCAUGGGCUAACAUAUGUGCCAGCAAAUCUUCCAACGAGAUCCGGACAUGUGACAGCUAUGGCUGUGGACAGUACUCUGCUCAAAGAACCCAGAGGCAUCACCCAGGAGUGGAUGUCCUGUGCUCAGAUGGAUCUGUUGUAUAUGCACCAUUCACUGGGAUGAUAGUGGGUCAGGAGAAACCCUACAGGAACAAAAAUGCCAUCAAUAAUGGCAUUCGACUAUCUGGAAGAGGUUUCUGUGUUAAAAUGUUCUACAUUAAGCCAAUAAAGUAUAAAGGUUCUAUCAAAAAGGGGGAGAAGCUGGGCACCCUGCUGCCCUUGCAGAAAGUUUACCCUGGCAUACAGUCGCACGUGCACAUCGAAAACUGUGACUCCAGUGAUCCCACCGCACACCUGUAAGUGGAGACCAAGAGCACCGUGUUCCGUUCAGAAUGGAACUCGUGUGCUCCCGGAGAAAUGUGUGUUCCAACAGAAGCACGAUCAAAAGCCAAACCCCCAUUUCCAAUCCCAACUCAUCAUCAUGCUAACCUUCCUGCCACCCGGAGGACCAGGGUAUUUUGUAU